AUGCGUGUCAUUACUCUUCUCGCCGACUGCCUUCUCUGGCUUGCGCCUCGGACUUUCAUUCGACUCGCUCCUGAAUCAUGGCUUAUCAGUCUUUGUCACCGCACCAAGAAGGAGAAAUGGCUCGGUAAUUUCCAGCUAGGGGACCGGGUGAUACGACUCCCAGGCAACGUUGCAGUCAAAUACGGAGCUGGAGUGUUACCCGGCGAGGCAGCGACGCAACAUUAUGCCUACCAGCAUGUCGACCCCGAUAUUGUUCGAGUUCCGCAGGUUUACCGUUACUUUCAGGACCGGUCCAGUCCAGCGUGGCCGACGGGCUACCUGUUCAUGGAAUAUAUACCGGGGCAGAACCUGAAAGAGCUAAUUAACCUUGAUGCCAAUGAUAAAAUUACGAAACGCGUGACAAGAAUCAUCUCGCACCUCGGAGAGAUAAAAGGCGGUACUGUUCCUGGUCCAGUUGGCGGCGGGGUGCCUUAUGGCUAUCUGUGGGGGGAUGACGGCGCCAAAACGGAGUUCUCUUCUCUUGUAGAUGUGAAUGCAUGGAUUAAUCGGCGCAUUGAACUGCUGGAGAAGACUGUCGAUCUUACGGCGUAUCCGCUUGUCCUCUGUCAUAUGGAUCUCUGCCGCCGCAACAUUAUAUUGAUGGAGGAUAAGUCGAUAUGUCUUCUCGACUGGGGAAGACGAGUUGCGCUGUACCGAUUUGAUUAUCAGGGCGCGCUCUGCAAACCUGAAAUGGACCUUGUUAUGAUUCGCCGUGCUUUCCACAUUCCUGCCCCUAGUCUCUAG